ACGAUCAUGACAUGAAUCUGGCCAGAUUGAUUUUGGUGCCAGGGGACAGAUUGUUGGUAUAUGGAGUUUUCUCGGAAAGAAUUGUGAGUUGUGCACUAUAGGAUGUGAUGUAAUGCCUUUUAAUAAUCUAUGUGUUUUAAAAAGUAGUUUUUAAAGUUAUGGCAGACAAAUUAGGAUUAGCCAAUGAAAUUAAGGAAAUAAAAUUAGGAAAAAGUUUUAUGAAGGGUGAACAUCCGUGUUUUCAUACGUUUAGAUAUGAUUUUAUGCCAGCAUCUUUAGACACCUCUAAGAGAGCCACUGUGGAUAUUGGAGAAGGCCAUCAAGUAACUGUAACUGUUCCUCAUAUUGAGGGUUCUGGUACUGCCAAUACUGUAUUUAAAGGUUCCAAGAAGCCAUAUCAAAAGGAAUGCGUACUUAUUAUUGAUCACACAACGGGGGAAAUUACGUUAGAGAAGCUCAGUUAUAAUGUCCAACUUAAAAAAACAAGAGCCGAGGGCAGCAGUAAAAUUCGUUCUAACACCCCCAUUGAAUGCGGGAGCAAUGGCAAGAAGUCUCCGUCUUACCACAAGCUGUCUCCCUCCAGGUCUCAGAAGCCCCCGGGUCGCUCGUCCCCUGUUCAGAAGUGCUCUCCACUCCACAGGAGUCCUCCGAACAGUCACCCGAGUCCAGGUGGCAGCACCAGCUCUGCCUCCAUGCCUUUCCUUGCACUGACUCCUCCAAAACAAACCACUGCCAUUAUCUCUCCUAUGGACGAGGAGCAUGUCGAGCCAGUUCCAGAUGUAGGUUUGCUAUCUUCCAGCAGUUCUAGUGAAUCUAGCAGCAGUGGAGAGUCCAGUGAUUCUAGCUCAAGUGACAAUGAAGAAAUGCCAGCUACAGUUCCAACUAAUCCUCCCAGCCAAGGAAACAUAACAAAUGGUUUGUCAAGUUCUCCUUGUCAUAAAAAGGAAAGUACUUCCACAUCAUCCAGUGCUCUAAGCAUGCCAUCUGUUAAUUCCUUGCCCAGUAUGCCAAAGUUUAGUCAACUGAGUGAGGAUCUGAAACUCAGCGAAUCAGACAGUGACAGCGAUGAAUAAGGAAGAGCUCUAACACUGAAUCCAUUUUUAAAGUAGCAUUUAUUUCCCAAUUCCCCUGCCGAAGCAGGAAGGAAUAAUAUGCUGUGAUAUGUUUGAUUCUUACAUAUAGAUUUUUUGUUUUUUGAAUUUAUAUUUGAAAUGUAGGUAAUAAAUGAUUUUUGGUUAAUUAUAA